AUGGCUAACUAUUAUAUGGUUGGACAGAAACAAGACCGUAAUUUGAUUAUCGUAAGUUUAGGUUUGCAAAAAAUGACUGCAAGUCUUCGAUUUGAUUUAACCUUAUUUCUCUGUUCAUUUAUGGAGCUUUUAUGUCAUUUAAAACAGCGAAAAUGGAGAACAGAAAGUUGA